GAGCAGCGGAGAAGAGCUCGAAGCAUGGAGCUGAAGACAGGACCCAGAAUUUCAUCAUGGCAAUGAAGGAUCGCAUGAAAAUCCGGGAGCGGAACAAACCAGAGAUCUUUGACUUGAUCAGAGAUGUGUUCUGUGAGAGCAAAUUGACACACUCUCAGCAGAUGAAGACGGUGAAGCAGAGUGUGCUUGAUGGCACCUCAAAAUGGUCAGCAAAGAUCACCAUCACAGUGAUGUGUGCUCAGGGUCUGCAGGCCAAAGACAAGACUGGGUCCAGCGAUCCGUACGUAACCGUUCAAGUGGGUAAAACAAAGAAGAGGACAAAAACAAUUUUUGGGAAUCUGAACCCUGUAUGGGAAGAGAAGUUUUACUUUGAGUGCCACAAUUCUUCUGACCGGAUCAAGGUGCGAGUGUGGGAUGAAGAUGACGACAUCAAGUCUCGUGUCAAGCAGAGACUGAAACGCGAGUCGGAUGAUUUCCUGGGGCAAACCAUCAUUGAAGUCCGUACUCUGAGCGGAGAAAUGGAUGUGUGGUACAACCUGGAAAAGCGAACAGAUAAGUCUGCAGUGUCCGGAGCUAUUCGCCUGCAAAUCAGUGUAGAGAUCAAAGGCGAGGAGAAGGUGGCUCCAUAUCAUAUCCAGUACACUUGCCUUCAUGAGAACCUCUUUCACCAUCUCACAGAUGUGCAAGGGAAUGGGGUAGUGAAGAUCCCUGAUGCCAAAGGAGAUGAUGCCUGGAAGGUGUAUUUUGAUGAGACAGCUCAAGAGAUCGUGGAUGAGUUUGCAAUGCGUUACGGCAUAGAAUCAAUAUACCAGGCCAUGACGCAUUUUGCAUGUCUCUCCUCUAAAUACAUGUGCCCAGGCGUGCCAGCUGUGAUGAGCACCUUACUUGCCAAUAUCAAUGCUUAUUAUGCACACACCACUGCCUCUACAAAUGUGUCUGCUUCGGACCGCUUUGCAGCCUCCAACUUUGGGAAAGAACGAUUUGUGAAGCUUCUGGACCAGCUUCAUAAUUCACUUCGGAUUGAUCUCUCGAUGUACAGGAAUAACUUCCCAGCCAGCAGCCGCGAACGGCUGCAGGACCUGAAGUCUACAGUGGAUUUGCUGACCAGCAUCACUUUCUUCAGGAUGAAGGUCCAAGAGCUGCAGAGUCCUCCCCGAGCCAGCCAGGUAGUGAAGGACUGUGUAAAAGCCUGCCUCAACUCCACCUAUGAGUACAUUUUCAACAACUGUCACGAGCUGUACAGUCGCGAGUACCAGACAGACCCUAACAAAAAUCAGGACCUUCCUCCUGAGGAACAGGGCCCCAGCAUCAGGAACCUGGAUUUCUGGCCCAAGCUCAUCACUUUGAUAGUUUCCAUCAUAGAAGAGGACAAGAACUCUUACACCCCAGUCCUGAAUCAGUUUCCUCAGGAGCUUGCUGUUGGGAAGAUCAGUGCAGAGGUGAUGUGGAGUCUUUUUGCCCAGGAUAUGAAAUAUGCCAUGGAAGAGCAUGAGAAACACAGACUGUGUAAAAGUGCAGACUAUAUGAAUUUACACUUCAAAGUGAAGUGGCUGUACAAUGAAUAUGUUCGUGAUCUGCCUGCCUUCAAGGGAAAAGUGCCUGAAUAUCCAGCGUGGUUUGAGCAGUUUGUGAUGCAGUGGCUGGAUGAAAAUGAAGACGUUUCCUUAGAAUUCCUGCACGGUGCUCUGGAGAGAGAUAAAAAAGACGGGUUCCAGCAAACAUCCGAGCAUGCUCUGUUCUCUUGCUCAGUGGUGGACGUCUUCACCCAGCUUAAUCAGAGCUUUGAGAUCAUUAAGAAGCUGGAAUGCCCAGAUCCCGUCAUUGUUGCUCAUUACAAUAGGAGGUUUGCUAAGACUAUUGGGAAAGUGCUGAUGCAGUAUGCUGACAUCCUCUCCAGGAGCUUCCAGUCCUACUGUUCCAAGGAGAAACUGCCUUGCAUCCUGAUGAAUAACAUCCAACAGCUGAGGGUGCAGCUCGAGAAGAUGUUUGAAGCCAUGGGUGGUAAAGAGCUGGAUGCAGAAGCAAGUGACCAUCUCAAAGAGCUCCAGGUGAAGCUGAACAAUGUUCUGGAUGAGCUGAGUGCAGUGUUUGGUAACAGCUUUCAGACUCGUAUUGAUGAGUGUGUCAAGCAAAUGUCUGAUAUCCUCUGUCAGGUGAAAGGGACAGCAAAUGCUGCUAAUGCCAGAAACACAGUUGCACAAGAUGCAGAUAAUGUCCUGAGGCCACUGAUGGAUUUCCUGGAUGGAAACCUUACACUGUUUGCGACUGUGUGUGAAAAGACAGUGUUGAAACGGGUGCUGAAAGAGCUCUGGAGGGUGGUAAUGAAUACCAUGGAGAAGCUGAUUGUGCUGCCUCCUCUUACAGACCAUACGGGCACACAGUUGAUUUUCAGUGCUGCUAAGGAACUGGGACACUUGUCAAAGUUGAAGGAUCAUAUGGUGAGAGAAGAAACCAGGAGUCUGACUCCAAAGCAAUGUGCUGUUUUGGAUCUGGCACUGGACACAAUCAAACAAUAUUUCCAUGCUGGUGGGAACGGCCUGAAGAAAACUUUCUUGGAGAAGAGUCCAGACCUGCAGUCACUUCGAUACGCGCUCUCUCUCUACACUCAGACCACAGACACUCUCAUCAAAACCUUUGUCCAGACUCAGACAGCUCAGGUGCAUGAUGGGAAAGGUAUUAGGUUUACCGCUAAUGAGGACGUUCUUCCUGAUAAGGGCUCUGGUGUGGAUGAUCCUGUGGGUGAAGUGUCCAUACAGAUCGACCUGUACACCCACCCAGGAACCGGUGAACACAAGGUCACGGUGAAAGUGGUGGCAGCCAACGACCUGAAGUGGCAAACGUCUGGCAUGUUCCGUCCAUUUGUUGAAAUCACCAUGAUUGGGCCCCAUCAGAGUGACAAGAAGAGGAAGUUCACCACCAAGUCAAAGAGCAACAACUGGGCUCCCAAAUACAAUGAAACCUUUCACUUCAUACUGGGGAAUGAAGAUGGCCCUGAUGCGUACGAGCUCCAGGUCUGCGUGAAGGAUUACUGCUUUGCUCGGGAAGACCGGGUGCUGGGGAUAGCAGUGAUGCAGCUCAGAGACAUAGCAGACAAAGGAAGCUGUGCUUGCUGGUGCCCUCUGGGGCGCAGGAUUCACAUGGAUGAGACUGGACUUACCGUCCUGAGGAUCCUCUCUCAAAGAACCAAUGAUGAAGUUGCCAGGGAAUUCGUCAAGUUGAAAUCUGAAUCCCGCUCCACGGAGGAAGGCACCUGAGCUGUGUAAUGUUCCCUUUCCUCUUCUGCCUUGUGCCAAUAUGUGCAAGUGUUCAACAAUUCUCUUUUAUUAAUUACAAAAGGUUUUUUCAUGUUGUCUUUGUCAGCUCUGAUAGCGCAAGUGUGCUGUACAGGAAACAAAUCCAUCAAUCUGAUGUGAAUUAUUUAUUUUUUAGUAGCUGGGUAAGACACCAUAGAGAAUGAGACAAUCUCUUCUUAUUUAAGAUGCAAAUUCUGCUUUGUGUAUAUAAAUUAUUUUAUAUUGGAGGCUGGGUAUGCUGGGUUUUGUUGAUAUGCAGCACUGUGAUUUUAUCCUCUGAAGCUGGCAGACGUUAAAAGGGUUCUUCAUAAUCACACUACGGUAUCAACACACAACUGCGUGGAAAUUGGGAGUAUGAGAAUGAUUUGGGGUUUUGGCAAAGCACAGUUAUCUCU